AUGGACCCCAGGGAGCUCAGAAGAGCACUGCCUACGUUGAUCAAAGCUGAAGUGGAGGCCCCCUGGGGAUUCGCAGUGGACGCCAAUCCGCCUGAGGUGGGGGGCAUGUUCGUCGCCUACGUCGUUGAGAACAGCAAAGCAGAGAAAGCGGGACUCAUGCCUGGAGAUCAAAUUGUGGUAGCCAACAACUCCAUAGUGUUGGGGCUGCCCUUUGAGAGGUGCCUGGGCUUGCUCCGGGCACGGCAGCGGCCCACAGCACUGCAGCAGGAGCAGCAGCAGCUGUUGCCUCUGCAGCUGGAGGUAUACAGGGGCCCCUUCCCUGUGCUUUACGGGGUUCCUGCUUUUGCUGCUCUCCAGCGGCUUGGGGCUGUCAAGGAGCUGCUCAGUAUCGGCAGCGACGCUGAGCAGCAAUACAUACAGCAGCAGCAAACUCCAGCUGUCCAUACGCCCGCGGGCCGCCUCACUACGUUGCUGCAGGCGGCUGGCACAAGAAACAGCGAAUUUUUUUAA